AUGAGCCUGACCGCGGAGAGCCACUCUGUCCCUCUGAGCGACGGGAACCGGAUUCCCCUCAUCGGCUUGGGCACGUAUGGAGACCCCAGGACGACUCCCAAAGGCACUGCGUACGACUGUGUGAAGUGGGCCAUCGACGUGGGCUACAGGCAUCUGGACGGAGCUCUGGUUUAUUACAACGAGCACGAGGUCGGACGAGCCAUCAGGGACAAGAUCGCAGACGGGACAGUGACCCGGGACGAUAUCUUCUACUGCGGAAAGUUAUGGUGCACGUUCCAUCCUCCGGAGAUGGUGCGACCGGCUCUGGAGAGGACUCUGAAGGCGCUGAAGCUGGACUACGUGGAUCUGUACAUCGUUGAACUGCCCAUGGCUUUCAAGCCUGGAAAAGACUUUUAUCCCGUGGAUGAGAAAGGGAAGUACAUCUACCACCACACAGACCUGUGCGCCACAUGGGAGGCUCUGGAGGCCUGUAAAGACGCAGGCCUCGUCAGGUCUCUGGGAGUUUCCAACUUCAACAAGAGACAACUGGAGCUGCUGCUGAACAAACCAGGACUGAAGCACAGACCAGUGUCCAACCAGGUUGAGUGCCAUCCGUAUUUCACACAACCAAAGCUGCUGGAGUUCUGUCGACAAAACGAUAUCGUGAUUGUUGGAUACUGCCCGCUCGGCUCCUCCAGAGACGUCUCCUGGGUGAACCUGAAGUGUCCUCCGAUGCUCGAGGACGAGGUUCUGGUUUCCAUCGGUAAGAAGUACAAGAAGAGCAGUGCACAGGUCGCUCUACGCUUCAACGUCCAGAGAGGAGUCGUGGUCAUUCCCAAGAGCUUCAACCCGGACCGCAUCAAACACAACUUUCAGAUAUUUGACUUUUCUCUCACUGAGGAGGAAAUGCAGGCGCUGGAGGCUCUGAAUCAGAACAUCCGCUUUGUUGAACUUCUCAUGUGGAGCGACCAUCCUGAAUAUCCCUUCCAUGAUGAAUACUGA